AUGGCGAUCUCAGGGGGGUCUGAAGUCAAAAGAUCGAAGAAGGUUCAACUGUACAACUAUGAUCGGAUUCGCCUGUCCAACACAUGUACCACCACCAACAAUUCCUCCAUCGUUUCCCGAUUCCUUCCGUGACUCUCCCACACCGACGCCAAACUCCAACUCUCCGAAGACAUCACCGAGGUCGAGAUCAUCCCGGCCGAGUGUUGCCCACCCAUAGUGCUGGGUCCGUUCCCGAGCCGCAACCGCGCGAUAUUUGCGAUAAGUGCGUUCUCGGCCGGAGGCAUCAACGUUGUUGAGUACUUUGUGUCCUCGACUCUCUCUCACCGACGCGUCGCCACUUCGUCAAAUGUGGAUCCUUUGGAAGUUGCUCGCACCCGAGGAAUCAGGAAACGUCCGAGAGGUCGCCGUCACCAAACGACUCCUUCAGAACGCCGCGACCCUCCCUUCGCACAUUCUGGACCAUAUCGCUCUUCACGUUGAAAGUCGUCGAUUCGUUGCAAAUGAUCGCGGCGCCUUUCUGCCCUCGGACAGCCCACGCGUGGACGUCGCUUUCGUGACUAUUCUGGUUCCGCCGUGCCACAAAGACCGUCGGUACCGCAGUUUGAUCGAUAAAAAGCACCCACCAACAAUACGACACCUCGUUACGGCUUUUAGUCGCCUGACGCAAGUCGUGUUCGCUUUCUCCGAUUGCGGGAUCAAGCUUCGAGGAAUCGCCCCCAGCAACGUGCUCCACGUCGACGGUGAGGUCCUGGUGUGGGACCUCGCGAACGCGACGUUCUCUGAAUACCCACGUUCGAGCGCGAGGCUUCCGACAGACCCUGAGGAGAUGUGCGGCCAAGGUUUGCGCAACUCGAAGACCUUUAGGGCAAGCGUCUACACCGACCUCAAAAGUUCCAUCAUCACCUUCGUGGCGACAAUUGCUCGAGCGUUCGAGGAAUGUACCGAUGAAGAGACAAGGCAAGUUUGGCGACCGUUUGGAUUCGGGAAGGCGUUUGGCGAGAUCGACAGCACGCCCCUCUUGGCACUUUUUCGAGACUUGCUCUUCACCAUGAGCCAUCACCAAGAGAAAAGUGACGUGCCAACACCCCUGGAGUACAUUGAGCGUCGUAGCGCACCUCUUGCCAAGUUCUUCGAGAUUAUCUUGGACGAGGAGCCCAGCGCCGACACUGAAGCCGCGAUGAGGGCCCUUCCAAGCCGACUUCUUGUUGAGGUCUUAGCCCCGAACGAUGGCUACGUCGCUCAAUGUACUCCAGGGGUGUUGGCACGUCACUUUUCUCUUGGUGAUGGCUCAUGGUGA